AUGAGGCAGAGAAGCGGAUGUAAAGCCUGCCGUGAGCGUCAUAUCAAAUGUGUGAAGUUGCGCGACUCGGAAAAAUGCAAAUAUUGCACUGAGCGCAAAAAGCCAUGCGUUCGCGGCAAUGCCUUUCGCUUCCGUCCCGUCACAGCAGUGAAGUUCAAUGCUGGUGAAGACAUAGGUUCCGCAGAGCAAUCGCUCGAAUUCCGAGUGGGUCAGCAAUGGGUGGACAUCCCAAGUUCGUUGCACUUUGUUGAGCCCAACAAGGAUAGCGGUGACGAAGAAGAGUACGAAGCUGUGCCAGAAGGCGAAGCGAAUCCCGAAAGCACGUCCAACGAUGUUGAUGUUACUUCGAAUGUCCGACGACCAGACCAAAGUUUGGACGGAGUUUCCAGCGAGAGCCAACUGACAUCGUCAUAUCGUGACGUAAACCCAUUUGCGACCGUUCCGAUUCCAGAAUUCGACGAUACUAGCGAUUUGCCGUCCAUCCACGACGUUCUCAGUACUACUCACAUCCCACCAUCCCUAGUUCAUGGCACUAGUGCUGGGAGCAACAACGCAUCGCAACAUAUUCGAGCCGCCUCUUCGAUAAACCCACUAGCAAACACCAGCCACUGGCAAGCAAGCCCCGGAUCACUUCAACGCCUAUCGCAGUCUCCAAGUGUGUCAAAAAAGAGCCCUUUCGGGUCAAUUACUAACAACCAGUCCCCUUACAACUCCACAGCAUUCAGUCCUUCCUCAGCACCACCACUCAAGUGGCCUGUGAAUAGUGCACACGAAGCACGUCUUUUCCAUCAUUACCUGUUCUUCUGCACUUCAUGGAUCGACGUAUGCGAUCCACGACGACACUUCGCUGUCGAGGUACCGAAACGUGCAGCCCACUUUCCUGUGAUUUUAAACGGUAUACUGGGUGUUGCCGCAAGGCACUGCUGGUUGAUGGGUAAAGCCGCAGAUGUGUCGCAGCCCUACAUAGAUCAGUGCUUACAAGCGCUGAUCGUGGCGCUUGAGGAUCCGCUGGCACAUUGGGAUGAGAACUUUCUUAUCGCUGUUAUUCUGCUUCGUCUUCAUGAAGAAAUGGGCGAAUCCGAUGAACACUGCCACCAUCUGGGUACUGCCCGUAUACUAAACAGUAUCUCAUCGUUCGCCGCAGACGGCGGCCUCCGAGAAUCGGCAUCCUGGGUGUCUCUUCGCCAACACAUCUACGUCUCUCUUACGACCCAAAAGCCCCUCAACCUCAGUCUCGAUAACUACCGCCACUCCGCUGUGUUCAGCGAGUUCGACGACGAAAGCUGGGCCAAUCGCAUCAUAUUUCUCUUCGCUAACGUCCUGCAAGCCGUAUUUGGAGGCAGCAACAACGGCAGCGAAAACGUUAGUCGCGAAACAUGGAAAGACUUGAGCGACGAGGUAGAUGAAUGGGAGCGGACAAAACCCUGGACAUUUUCUGCUUUCCAUGUCGAGCCUGACGCGGGUGAUCGGUUCGAAGGAAGUUGGCCCGAACAGCUCUGCCCGUCAGGCGUUGUAGCAGUCGGUUUACAGUACUACCACCUCUGCAAGAUACUGCUGACUAUAUACUCCCCUAAUGCCUCCUUGGUGGGGCUCGCCGGUGUCCGUGCCAGAAAGUCUACCGAUGCAGCCAUUCGCAAGCACAUGAGGAUAACGAUAGGAUACGGUGUGAGUAAUAGUCACUGUGGAAAUGCCAUGUUUCAGGGUAGUCAUAUCCUAAGUGCAUGUGGAGCGUAUAUCAUCGAUCCGAGGGAGCAGCAGGCUUGUGUGGAGUAUCUGGAACAGUUGCAGAAACUGAUAGGGUGGAGGACGGAUGGCGUGCUGAGAGACCUCAGAGAACAAUGGACAAUCUGA